GUAUAAAACGCCCCUCUCGACGAUCCUUCGAGCCACUGUUGUACUUCUCGUCGCCCAGUUGUCGUUAUUUCCCCCAUUAUGGGUGCCGCGAUCAUGUUCCUAUUCUGCGCUGUGGCGCUGGUAUUAUGUCGAUUAUCGAACGGUCAGUACCAGCCGCCCCAACAGGCUGCAAUUUUGAGCGAUGCGAGAUAUUUGGCCGGUGACGGAACUUUCGGAGCCGCUUAUUCCCAAGAAGAUGGCGUCGAGUUCAAAGAAGAGAGCGACGUUUAUGGAAAUCGGCGUGGGUCUUACUCUUACGUUGAUCCGACCGGACAAAGGCGUACGGUGUCGUACACAGCCGGGAAAAACGGUUUCCAGGCGACCGGUGACGGUAUCCCCGUUCCACCCCCGCAAGCGCCGCCUCAACCGGAAUACGAGCCGUUGCCGCAAUACAACCCGCCAGAUUAUCAACCGCCGAUCCACAAUCCGCCCGCCCAGCAACCUUAUCAACGUCCGAGCGCACCGGUGUACGAACCGCAGCCGCAGCCUCGACCCGUGUACCAACCGGAGCCCCAGUAUCCGUACAGGCCUCGGCCACCGCCACCGCCACCCCCGGAAAUCGAGUCUAUACCGUCGUACAACCCUCGAUCGCAGUAUCAACCCCCGGCCAGGCCGCUACCGCAGUACAACGAGAUCACCACACCGUCCCCUAGAAGAUUCUAUCCGCCGGGGAAGCUGAGCUUCAACAGGACACCCGACGGCUACUCCUACACAUUCAGCAAAAGUUAAGUCUCGUUUGCCGGCAUCUAAGAACAGUGCGACGGUGCGAGGAUCGCGCGUCGAUCGAGGAAAAAUCGUGAGUACGAUACGGUCGAGGGAAUGAUACAGUCGCGAGAGAUUGACAGUCGGGAGAUUACAAGCUACGUUAUUCUCUACACAGGGUGUCCCGAAAUUAUUGUACCGAAAAAUAUAAAUAAUAGUCUAAUAAAAUAAAAA